AUGGCUGGAGUAAACACCGUCGAAGAGCAGAGGGCCCGUUGGGGCAGGAAGCGCAGUCGGACGGCCAAGGAGCUGCUGGAAACUGAACACCAGUAUCUUGGGCAGCUGGAUCUGGUGGUCACAUUCUUCGUGAAAAUUUUAAAGGCCAAAGGGACGCUAAAACCUGCUGUGCUGGAAACCAUAUUUGGACCCCUAGAAUCCAUAUACGAGGCCAGCCAGGUUUUCUCACUUCACCUGGAGAGAGGGAAUUUGGGAAUAGGACUGGAAAAUUUAUGUCAGAAACUGGAGCUUUAUGGUCACUAUUCUGAGAAUUUGGAGCAGGCAGAUAAAACCUUGAAGGAACAGCUGAAGAAGAAUAAGUCAUUUCGACGCUUUAAGAAACUCCAGGAGUCUCGACCUCAUUUUCAAGGGAGGAAGCUAGAGGAUCUUCUUCCUUUGCCCCUGAAGAGAUUGCACCAGUACAAACACUUUCUCAGAGACCUGCUGGAGAACACCAGCCCAGAUAACACAGAGUACCAGAAACUUGCAAAGGCUGUGAAUUGCGUUUCUGAGGUAUCUCGAUGGGUCCAAGAUGUCAUUCGUAACAGAGAGAACUCACUGCAACUACUUCGGAUUCAGAAACUGCUGAAAGGACAGAAGACCAAGGUCUUGGCACCAGGGCGCUGGUAUAUCCGGGAAGGCUGGCUGUUGGUGGUGCCUUCAAAGGGAGAAGAACUGAAGCACAGAAUGUUCUUCCUUUUUUCUGAUAUCCUUAUUGUAACAAGGCCCUGCCAUCCGCUGCACCUGUUAAACUCGAACAAAUUCACAUGCCAGGCUGUCUACCCACUUCAGGAGUGCACUGUGGAUAAAGUGUUUGGCCAUACACAGAGCCAGGGAGGGCUUCUCAGUCUUUCCUUUCCACACAAGACACUUUUGUUGAUGUCCACUGAUCAACAAGAUAUUAAUGACUGGUAUCAGAGUCUGAAAGCUGCAAUCAGGCAGCUGAAAGCCUGACCCAUUGGAGUACAAGACAAUCCAAGAGGGCAGCCUCCCUUCGUGGCAGAAG